CACAAAAUAUCCAAUCCAUCUAUUAGACCUAUCUUCAAAUCAAGUGUACACUUUUUUGGUAAAUGAAACGAAAAUGAACACAUAUGGCCUGUUACCUUCUUUUUCAUCACCUUACUACAAUUUCAAUAACCCUAAAUAUCUUACCACCACCAUUAUCCAUCCCAAAAGGUUUACAGUAGCCUCGCCCAAUCUCAGCAAAAUCAUUUCUGGAGGUAAAAUCAGGGCUUCUGCUGGCAGUGUUACACCAGAUGAAGACCAAGAAGCAAUGGUGAAACUUGCAUUCGUCCAUUCGGUAUUGUUUCCGGAUGGGAGCCCAGACGUGCAUUAUCGGAAAGCUAAGGGAGGCCAAAAGCUCAGAGACAUAAUGUUGGACGGUAACGUUGAGUUGUAUGGACCAUAUUCCAGAGCUCUGUGUAACUGCGCCGGAUUAGGGACCUGUGGCACAUGCAUGGUUGAGGUAGUGGAAGGAAAGGAGCUACUGAGUCCCCGGACAGACAAGGAGAAUGAAAAAUUGAAACGGAAACCCAGGAACUGGAGACUAGCUUGCCAGACCACUGUUGGAACACCCAAUUCCAAAGGCACGCUCGUCAUUCAACAACUACCUGAAUGGAAAGGGCAUGAGUGGAAUUAUAAAGAAUUGAAAUCAUCAGGAGGAGGAGGAGCAUGGGCAGAAUUGGAAGCAUCCACUUGAACACCAAUAUAAUAUAUCUUAAAUACUACUAAUUAAUUAUUUAAUUAAUUACUCAUGCUUUUAGUCCCAAAAAAGUUUUAAUGAUUGCUACAAUGAAAAUAGAGUAAUCUCCUUCACGUCCUGUUUCAAUCUAUUCAAUUUAUUGCUGUUUUUACG